AUGAAAGUUGGACGCGAGUUUUUGAUAUGGGUGUUUGUAUUGAAUUUAAUCAAACUUUCAUCAUCGAAAUUCUUCAAUUUAACAAUGACGAUGCCAACUUUAAAUAAAUCGAUCAACAAUCAGUCUGUUUAUAUCGCCUUGAAACUGCCAACUGAUGAGGAACUAUAUAUAGUUGAUUUUCAUCCAAUAAUUAAUAUUCAACGGGCGAAAUUCAUAAGCACGUACCUCUGUUCGAAACCUUAUCAUACCGAGGCAAAUUUCUGGCUGGACACACGAGCCUGUGAAUCUGUAGAUCAAUCAGUGUUAAUCUACGAAUGGUAUGAGAGUGUUCCUGUCGUACAAUGGCCGAAAGACGCUGGUCUUCGCGUUGGAACCAAUACUCCAUAUCGAUAUGUUGUUGUCAAUGUUCACUAUCGAUCGAGUGACUCGAACGAUAUCUACGCUGAGCGAAUCACUUUGACACGUCAAAAACCAAAGUACGAGAUAGGAAUGUAUGAUAUUAUGACAAAAGCAUUGAAUAUUCAAAAGGAUCGUGUUGAUUUUUCUUGUCAAUAUGAUUCAUCUGAGAUGAAAAUAUUUUCCACAUUAUUUUCCUCGAAUUUUCAAGGUAGUGCUGUUUCAUUGUAUCGCGUACGAAAUAAUCAAGUACAAUCGAUUAUAAAAGGAAAUCUUGCUUGGCCGCAAACAUUCUAUCAGUUAUCAAAUGUGGCAGAUAUCAAAGCGGAAGAUUACUUGAUUGGUUUGUGUGCAUUUGAAAAGCCAAUACAAGAUCAAAUGUUGAAAUCUCGUUAUUUCGUCUGCCAACUUACACUGAUGUUUUAUAUCGAGCAAGGAGAGAAAAUAACGGCAGAAGGAUGUGAACAUAACGAUUUUUCAAGCAUUAUUCAACGUUUUCUCCCAGUAAAUGCUCAUGAUACCCCACAAACACUAUUCGACAUCAAUCCAAUGUAUCCUAAACUACCACCUAACGAAUGGAUGCAAAGCCAGCUGAACAAAACACUCUUAUCAUCACAGUCCUCUGACAAUGAUACGCAAACUAUCUACCUGAUCUAUGCGAAUCAGCAUCGUUACGACCAAUUGAUCAUUCUCAUACACAAUCAUCCGUUAAUAUCUAUAUUUAUCAUUUGGUUAAUCUUGUUGGUGAUUGGAUUGGUAGUAUUAAUGUAUGUUAUCCAUCGAGCACGUCGGAUUAUCGUAUAUUCAUCGUCGCACAUUGCUCGUCCAACAUCGGUUACUGUUGGUGGUGAUACAAGUUCUCUGAGUGGAUGGUUAACUAAACGGCGAUUUCAACAGUAUGGAGAUGAUGAUAGUACUGCCAACGUACCAUUGACGAGUAAACAUCGAUGGGCAUCCGAUACUGAAGGAAGUGAUUUAUCCGAUACAGAAGUUUUUAAUGCUAAGAGGGUUGCCCAAAAAAGUUAA